AUGAGUACCAUUACGUUGCCCUGUAAGGACGCUACUAGGUUCUGCCGUUUCUGCCUGUCUGAAAUAAAUCUGCUUAUCGUAAUCGGAUCGGACGCCACGGAUCAGAAAAACAACGAACAAAUACUACGGUUAGUUCGGUCCCAUUUGCGACUAGAACUGCAAGGAGAAAAAGAUUUCCCUAGUGCUAUCUGUGAAAUGUGCAUUUCCUUGCUGCGCGAGUUCGAUGCGUUAUAUCAAAACGCACAUAACUACAGCUAUGCACUGAAAGUGCUACUAGAAGGAACUUUGCUAGCGGUUGGAGAAUCACCGGAUGGUGCCAAAACGAUAGAACCAACAUUGAUAGAAAUCUAUGAGCCAUCGCAAGUGGUAGCCAGUCAUGCACACAAUGCUAUGGUCGAGGAAGAACUGCUGGUUAAUUCGAUAGAUGGCCAGAUUGUAUUGGAUGAUGUUUCCUUCCAUGAAACAGAUGAACAAGCAAAGCAAAUAGAUGUGUACCAUGUCGAUGGAAUGCUUCAACACAUCGUCAUGGAAAGUGGAACUUGCAUCGACGUACGGGCAGGCACUUCCUAUAAGACGAUUAACUCAACGAUGGCUGUCCCAAAAAGACCGUCGCUGUCUCCUAACGAAAGCAAAAAGUCACCUUCAAAUCGUCUGGUCCGAUGCAACCAUUGUAAUAAUCUGUUUGUAGAGAUGAAAAAUUAUUACGGACACACGUGUAAGAAACCGCAACGAGAAGUAUUAUCAAAUGCACGUUCAUCGAUGUAUUUGCACGACGUUCAAAGGUUCGAGUGCUCGAAAUGCAGUGCGACGUUCAGAGCAAUACUGCAAUUUCAUAAACAUCAAUACGAGGUGCAUGGAAUUAGAAAUGAGAACUUUGGACUGAAUUGCAACAUUUGCCAAAAACUAUUUUCACAACGACAAGAUUACCUGCUACACAUGCAAGUGAUGCAUCCAAAUCACAGCAUGAGUUUGGUUACGAUAAAUCAAUAGCGAAAAACAUUCCCGUGUGGAAUCUGCUCAACUAAACGAUAUGUGUUUUCCUACACAAUGAUGUUUUAAAUAUUUA